AUGGAGUCCAGGAAGGUGAACGGGACUGGCUGUAAAGGAGUCAAAUUGAAUGAGACAAAGAGACGCUCUGCUUCUCUGGUGGAACUUCAGCCUGUAGCUCCUUCUCACUUCUUCAGCUGCGAGUUCUUGCUUUUCACAUACACCCAGGAUCCUCAAGUGAAUUGGGGGAGGCUUGCAGGUUGCUUUGUGAAAUUAAUCUCAUCUCCAUUCUCCUGUAAGUUGGCACGAACAAGAAACCAGUCUGAAAUGGCAUCAAGCACGCAAAGAGACAGCUCAUCUCUGUCUCCACCGUCUCGAUGGAAAUAUGAUGUCUUUUUGAGUUUUAGAGGUGAAACACGCAAGACCUUUACAGCCCAUUUACAUAAAGAACUGCUGGAUCAAGGAAUUACAGAGACAUUCUUGGAUGAAACAGAACUUCAAGAAGGAAAACCAAUUUCUGAAGUCUUCUCAGCAAUUGCACAGUCAAGAUUUGCCAUUCUUGUGAUCUCUCAAGAUUAUGCUUCUUCAACCUGGUGCCUAAAUGAACUUUUAAAGAUUUUUGAAUGCAUGGAAGGGAGGGGCGCAAUUCUACCAAUUUUCUAUUCUGUGGAACCCUCCGAUGUUGGAAAACAAUUAGGGAGUUUUGAACAAGCCUUCACUAAACUUGAAGAAAGGUUUAAGCAUGACAUCAACAAGGUGAAGAGCUGGAGAGAUGCUUUAGGGACAGUGGCUAAAAUCAAAGGGUGGACUACAAAGGAUAGAUAUGAACCACAGCUCAUCAGAGAAAUUGUUGACAAGGUGCGCACCGUAGUACGUCCUACAUGGUUGGAGCCUGAAGAAAAGCUGGUUGGAAUUCAUUCAACAUUGGAGCAUCUACGUAGGCUUCUAGAUAGAGACACGGAGUUGGUUCGUUUUAUAGGGAUAUGGGGGUUGAGUGGGAUAGGUAAGACAACCAUUGCUGAGAGAACUUAUGCGAGGAUUCUUCAUAAAUUUGAACGCAGCUGCUUUCUUGACAGAGUUAGAGAUAAGAUUUCUCAAACAGAUGGUCUAAAAAAUCUAAAAAGAGAACUUUGCAAGAGCCUUAUGAAAAGAAAUCUAGAAGACUGGGACUUUGAUAUAAAAGGCACAAUCAAAGGGCUCUUAUCUCGCAAAAAAGUUCUUCUCGUUCUUGAUGAUGUCGACGAUAAUAUUCAAUUAGAAGACUUAUGUGGGAACCAAGAUGGGUUUGCUCCAGGGAGCAGAGUCAUUAUUACAGCAAGAAGUGAACGAUUGCUAAGUAGACAUGGUGUGGAUGGAAAAUUUGAGGUGCAUAAGUUAAAUGACCAAGACGCUCUUCAACUUUUUAGCUUGAAAGCCUUUGGAAGAGAUUAUCCAGAUAAGCCCUAUGUAGCUAUGUCUAAAUGUUUUGUGAGUUAUGCCAAUGGCCUCCCAUUAGCUCUUAAACUCUUGGGAUCAUCUUUGCAUAAAGCAGAUCAAGAUGAAUGGGGAAGAAAGUUUGGUAAACUGAAAAAUAAUUUUGAUGGAAAAAUUAUGGAUAGGCUUAAAAUAAGUUUUGAUGGAUUAGAUGAAGAGGAGAAAAGUAUUUUCCUUGAUAUCGCAUGCUUCUUUAUGGGAAAGUACAAAGAUGAAGUAGUUGAAAGACUAUGCGGCUUUCGUUCCAGCAUAGACAAUGCUAUAAAAGUUCUCAUUGGGUGGUCUCUGCUAACAGUUUCAGAUAAUAUGGUGUGGAUGCAUAAUUUGUUACAAGAAAUGGGUAGAGCAAUUGUUCGUGGAGAGUCAAAAGAACCAGGUGAACGUAGCAGGUUGUGGCUUUCAAAGGACAUCUUUUAUGUUUUGAGAAAUAAUACGGGGACAUCAGCAGUUGAAGGCAUUGUCCUAGAUCAUCGUGAAUCAGAAGUGUGUAAAUGCCAUCGAGAAGCCUUUUCAAAGAUGUUUAAUCUUAAAUUUCUCAAACUUCAUAAUGUGUACCUUGAUGAAGGUCUCGCAUGUCUUCCUAACUCCUUACAAUUUCUUGAAUGGAAAGGUUAUCCUCUAGCUUCUCUCCCCAUAGAUUUCAAACCGGAUAAGCUUGUUGAACUCAGCAUGUGUCAUAGUAAGAUUGAACAGCUUUGGAGUGGAAUAAAGGAUUUUGACAAGUUGAAAGUCAUCAAACUUAGUCAUUCAAAAAGUUUGACAAGCACUCCUGAUUUCAAAGAGGUCCAAAAUCUUGAGAGACUAGAUCUUGAGGGAUGUGAAAGUCUAGUUGAGAUCCACUCAUCCAUACGAGUUCUCAAAAAGCUAAUCUUCUUGAAUCUUAAAGACUGCAAAAGUCUUGAGAGUCUGCCAGGUGAGAUUGCAAUGGAAUGCCUGGAAAUUCUAAUCCUUUCUGGUUGCUCAAAUGUUAAAAGGAUUCCUAAAUUUGUGGGACAUAUGGAGAAUUUGUGGAAGAUUUCUUUAGACGAGACAGCUAUUGAAGAUAUACCUUCAUCGAUUCAAGGUCUGACGAAACUUUCUGUUCUUGAUAUUAGAGAUUGUGUAAAUCUGACUCAACUUCCAAGUACCGUUGGCAAUUUGAAGUUUCUUAAAAGUCUUAAUGCUUCUGGAUGCACACAACUGGCAGAACUGCCUGCAAGCUUUCAGGAACUAGUGUCUUUGGAGAAGCUUGAUUUAAGUGGAACUGCCAUAGAAAAAUGGCCCUUUUCCGUUUUACAUUUGAAAAAGCUGAAAUCAUUUAUUUUCCGCGGACCAAAAGGGCGAUCACCACAGCAAUGGCAUGUGUCACUCCCUUUUGGAUGGUUGAAGUGUCUUCAACCUAUGAGUCAGUUCCUGCCUCCUUUGUCAGGGUUAUGUUCUUUAAGGGAGUUAGAUCUAAGUGAUCACAAUCUUCGGGAUGGAACAAUCCUUGCUGAUAUUGGUUGCUUAUCUUCUUUGGUUUCAUUGGACUUGAGUGGAAAUGAUUUUGUUAGCCUUCCUGAAAGAAUUAGCGAGCUUUCUCAGCUUGAGAACUUAUAUUUGAGUGGUUGCCGGAGUCUUAAAUACCUUCCAGUCCUUUCAUCAAGUAAAAGUUUACAAGUGACUGCCGAUUGUUGCACUUCACUAGAAAGGCUGCAACAUCCAUUGAAUUUGGAUACAUUAAGUUCGUCAUGUUUCAAUUUGAUGAAUUGCUCUGGAUUGUUUAAGAAUGAAAACCAUGAUUAUAAAACAUUGACUAUGCUCCGAAAAUAUCUUGAGAGAAUCUCAUAUCCGGGAGAUAGGUUUGAAAUUGUAAUUCCUGGAAGUAAAAUUCCAUGGUGGUUCAGUCGUCAAAGAGUGGGAUCUUCGGUAAGCAUACAGGUGACUCCGAAAUGGUGUGAUAACAAGUGGAUGGGAUAUGCUCUUUGCGCUGUUUUUGAAGUUUUCCAUAGUGGAUGGGAGCUCUCUUGUGUUUUGGAAGUCAAUGGACAAAAAGAGUACCCUGCACCUGUAUUAUUAACUGAUGUCCAGCCCGUGUCGGAUCAUCUUUGGCUAUUCUAUGUUUCUCGUGAUAUAAGCUUUGGUACAGAGUGGCAAAAGAGUUGUGAUCAGUUAACAUUUUCAUUUGAAAGCUCAGGCCACAUCAGGGUCAAGAAGUGCGGUGCCCGUUUGAUUUACGAAAAGGACGUGGAAGAGUUCAACAAAGUAGUGGCACAAUCCAGCAGCAAUGUUGGGGAAGGAUCCAGUGGGACUCGUAGAUUUGAUGAGGAACCACAGCUCAAAAGAUUCAAGAAAACAUGA